AUGAAAUGGAACACAGCCAUCUGCUGGACUCUCAUUCUGCUGCUUGCCGUCUUCUUCGAAGGCAUCAGUUGCAAAGGAGGGCGUGGCGGCGCCCGAGGGGCAGCCAGGGGUAGCGCCCGUGGCAGUACGCGGCGGUCAAAAUCUUCAACCCGCUACAGCUCAGGACUACGGGUGGCGGCUGCGGCGGCGGCAGGUGGCGCGGCUGCAGGAGCGGCCUCGGCCGUGGCUGCCGGCAGGAUGAGGUCCGCUGGCGAGGGCGGCCCGGAAUAUGCAGAGGCACAGUCUGGCAACAGCACCGGCGAGGGCAGUUACAACUAUCGGGCGUGGACCUCGGGUGCCGAAUCCUGGCACCUUUCAUAUCUGCCUGCCUGCCUGCUGUGCGUGGCCAGAUUCUUUACCCUAUAA